CAGAUCUCCGAAAAUCUACUCUAUCAGCGGCUGCAUUUGCUACCAUUCUCAGGACCCUCACCAUGAAAGGCCUUCUGCUGCUCACCCUGUCUUCUCUGGUCUGCUGGGUCUCAGCUGACAUUCGCUGUCACUCCUGCUACAAGGUCCCUGUGCUGGGCUGUGUGGACCGGCAGUCCUGCCGCCUGGAACCAGGACAACAAUGCCUGACAACAAAUGUGUACCUCGGUAAGAUGUGGGUUUUCUCCAACCUUCGCUGUGGCACACCAGAAGAGCCCUGUCGGGAGGCCUUCAACCAAACCAGCCACAAGCUGGGCCUGACCUAUAACACCACCUGCUGCAACAAGGACAACUGCAAUAGCCUGGCCCCCCGGCCCACCCCGGCCCUAGCCCUUGUCCUCACCUCCUUGGCUGGCCUUGGCCUCUGGCUGCUGCACUGAGGCUCACUCCAUGGCUGCCCCCCUCCCUCCUGCCUCACCUGAACCUUUCUCCCUGUGUCUCGGAUCCCCUGACUUCCCACAGUGGUCUCUCCCUAGCUCUCUUUGCACUAAAAAAAAUUUCUCCAGAUCCUUCACAUUUCUUUAAUUAGACAGUGGUCUCCCUCCCCAUCCUUCUACCCCAUAUCCUCCAGUCUGCUUUUCCUGAGUCCCUUCCUAUUUCCCCCUAGACCAUUCCAGAUCCUCCAUUGGCCCCUAGAAGGACUCCCCACUUUGCCUCCUGCUCUCUGUGGUGCCCUACUCAGAGAGGGAUUGGAAUCUGGGCCUGAAAUGGAGCUUCCAUCCUGUUCCUAAUGAAGGCUCCCAGAAAGGACCUGAUGACUUCAUUGUACAGGGCUUAUUCCCCAAAUCCUGGCUCCCAUUGUACUCCAUCCCUAUGCUCCCCUGUUUCCAUUUUGAGUAAUAAAUGUCUGUGCCUGAAAA